AUGAAGAUUUUUACAACAGUGAUAUUGUUAGUGUACUAUUUAAACUUCGCUUAUCCGGGGAAAGUACCCGCUGAAGUUAUUGCACAUCUAGGCGUAAGAAGCGAACCAGCAUCUCCUAUAACACCAGAAGCCUUAAAAGAUGAUACAGAGCAAGUCGAAAGUACCCUAGCCCGUAAAGGAAGAAGCGGAAGAUUACCUGGAGAGGUGAUAGCCACCCUUAAUAAAAAAAGAAGCGUAAACCCACCAGCAGGCCAGAGAUCCGACCUUUUAGGUCGUAGAAAACGAAACAUACCAGCGUUUGAUAUAACACCAGAGGCGUUAGAAGAUGAUACAGUGCAAGUCGAAAGCACCCUAGCCCGUAAAGGAAGAAGCGGAAGAUUACCUGGAGAUGUGAUAGCCACCCUCAAUAGAAAAAGAAGCGUAAACCCACCAGUAGGCCAGAAAUCCGAUCUUUUAGGCCGUAAAAAACGAAGCGUACCAGCGUUUGAUAUAACACCAGAAGCGUUAAAAGAAGAUACAGAGCAAGUCGAAAGCACCCUAGCCCGUAAAGGAAGAAGCGGAAGAUUACCUGGAGAGGUGAUAGCCACCCUCAAUAAAAAAAGAAGCGUAAACCCACCAGUAGGCCAGAAAUCCGACCUUUUAGGCCGUAGAAAACGAAGCGUACUAGCGUUUGAUAUAACACCAGAAGCGUUAAAAGACGAUACAGAGCAAGUCGAAAGCACCCUAGCCCGUAAAGAAAGGAGCGGUAGAUUACCUGGAGAUGUGAUAGCCACCCUCAAUAGAAAAAGAAGCGUAAACCCACCAGUAGGCCAGAAAUCCGACCUUUUAGGCCGUAGAAAACGAAACAUACCUGCAUUUGCUCUAACAUCAGAAGCGUUAAAAGAUGAUACUCAGCAAGUCGGAAGCACUCUUACCCGUAAAGGAAGAAGUGGAAGAUUACCUGGAGAUGUGAUAGCCACCCUCAAUAGAAAAAGAAGCGUAAACCCACCAGUAGGCCAGAAAUCCGACCUUUUAGGCCGUAGAAAACGAAGCGUACCAGCGUUUGAUAUAACACCAGAAGCGUUAAAAGAGGAUACAGAGCAAGUCGAAAGCACUUUUACCCGUGAAGCAAGAAGCGGAAGAUUACCUGGAGAUGUGAUAGCCACCCUCAAUAAAAAAAGAAGCGUAAACCCAUCAGUACGCCAGAAAAUCCUACUAUCAGGCCGUAAAAAACGAAGCGUACCAACAUUUGAUAUAACACCAGAAGAAUUUAAAGAGGAUACAGAUCCUAAACCUUACUACGAUUUAAAUGAAGCUCCAAAACUGUUCGAGAAUUUCAUAAAGGACUUCAACAAAAAAUACAAAGAUGAGGAAGACCGUAAGAAACAUUAUGAGUAUUUCGUACAGAAUUUGAAAGAUAUUAAUGCGUUGAAUUCAGGGUCUGAUAUGAGCUUAUCAGGAACUUUUGGAAUCAAUCAGUUUGCCGAUCAGCCUGAGGAGGCAGCCCCUGAAGACAACGGAUGGGGGAAACUGGAGUAAACAGUAGGCACCACGGGGGCGGACAGCGGACCCCAGCCGCAAUGAAGACCGACAAUAAUUAAUUACUUAUUGCAUUAAAAUAUUCAAAUUUU